AAAAAGCUUGCUUUGUAUUAACGAGAAAGGUAAAAAAAGAAAAUACAUAGUGUGUCUGGGAGGUGUAGUGUAGAAAAGGGGGCAAUUUAAAAGUGAAAGUGCAGCAUUUGGUCUCUGUAUUCCUCAACAUCCCCUCCUUUCCCCAAAGCUUCUUUGUCCCCUCCACUUUUUCUUUACUCCAAUAUCUAAACAAACACAAAACUUUUCUCUUUUUCCGGCUACCUUUUUCGCCGGAAUAUUAUCCUUCCGGCCGCCGGAAACCACCUGCUAUCUCCUUUACUACUUUUUUUCUGAGCUCAGAGAUGUAAAGGAGAAGAAAUAGUAUUCAUUUCUGUUUGAUUCAUUAUUUAGUUUGUUCGAGCUGGGAUUUUUUGUGGGGUCAGUGCAACUCCGAUUUGAUACCGGCGAGAUGAAUCUCCGGUGAGGUUUAUUUUGGGGUGCUCAUUUCAGCUGGAAAAAGAGUCGCCGGAAUAAGUGAAAAUGAAGACGCCGGCAAACGGUGCAGGUGCCGGAACUCAGCAGGCUUCUGGCAAUGAAGAUGAGAAGAAGAGAAUAAACCCAGAGCUAUGGCAAGCUUGCGCCGGACCUCUGGUGAACUUGCCGGUCGCUGGGACCCACGUUGUCUACUUCCCUCAAGGCCACAGUGAACAGGUUGCAGCGUCUAUCAAGAAAGAUGUGGAAGCUCAAGUUCCAAACUAUCCAAAUCUCCCGUCAAAGUUAAUUUGUCUUCUUCACAAUGUUACGCUGCAUGCUGAUCCAGAAACAGAUGAAGUGUAUGCCCAAAUGACACUGCAACCAGUUCCUUCAUUCGAUAAGGAGGCAUUACUGAGGUCAGAUUUGUCUAUGAAAGUAAAUAAACCACAACCAGAGUUUUUUUGCAAGACCUUGACUGCAAGUGAUACAAGCACUCAUGGAGGUUUCUCUGUGCCUCGACGCGCAGCAGAGAAAAUAUUUCCUCCUCUGGAUUACUCACUGCAACCACCUGCUCAAGAACUUGUGGCUAGAGACUUGCAUGAUAACGUAUGGACCUUUAGACAUGUUUAUCGAGGGCAACCCAAACGACACUUGCUAACAACAGGGUGGAGCCUUGUCGUGAGCGGAAAAAGGCUUUUUGCAGGUGACUCGGUCUUAUUUAUUAGGGAUGAAAAGCAUCAGUUUCAACUAGGAAUUAGAAAGGCAAACAGGCAGCCGACCAACUUAUCGUCAUCAGUGUUGUCAAGUGAUAGCAUGCAUAUUGGCAUCCUAGCAGCGGCAGCUCAUGCAGCUGCAAACAACAGCCCUUUCACUGUGUUUUAUAACCCAAGGGCUGGUCCUUCUGAAUUUGUGAUUCCUUUAGCAAAAUACUACAAAGCAACUUAUAGCAGUCAGGUAUCUCUUGGCAUGAGGUUUCGCAUGAUGUUUGAGACAGAAGAAUCUGGAACUAGAAGGUAUAUGGGAACAAUUACUGGCAUCAGUGAUAUGGAUCCAGUGAGGUGGAAGAACUCUCAAUGGAGGAACUUGCAGGUCGGUUGGGAUGAGUCAACUGCUGGGGAAAGGAUCAACCGAGUGUCUAUUUGGGAGAUUGAACCUAUAACAGCACCCUUUUUAAUCUGUUCUAGUCCGUUCUUCAGCUCCAAGCGUCCAAGGCAACCUGGAAUGCCAGAUGGUGAUUGUUCUGAUAUGGAUGGUGUAUUCAGGAGGACAAUGCCAUGGCUUGGUGAUGACUUUGGCAUGACAGAUCCUCAAGGUCUGCCCGGUCUUAGCUUAGUCCAAUGGAUGAACAUGCAAAAAAACCCUUCUCUGACUAACCCGAUGAUGUCCAACUACUUGAAUUCCCUAUCUGGUUCUGUUCUACAAAACCUAGCUGGAGCGGACCUAUCACGUCAGCUAGGUUUGCCAGCACCUCAACUUCAGCAGCAGCAUAACUUGCAGUUUCAUAGGCCAAACCAACAGGGACAACAGCUUGACCAGCUCCAGAAGUUACCAGCGGCAACACUCAACUCAUUAGAUUCAAUUAUGCAAUCACAGCAACAGUUAUAUGAUAUCGGCCAGCAACCAAGGCAAAAUUCAACUAAUCAAUCACUGCCUACAACCCAAGUUCAAGCGCAACUUAUGCAAGCUCAGAGUCUUGUGCAAUCUCAGAGUGUUCUUCCGCCGCAACAAUCAAUUCAAAACCAGCAGCAGAGAAACCUCCCUCAGAGCCUACCGCAGCAACAGCCACAACAACAGAUUCUGAGUCAAAGUCAGCAGCAAAAUUUCAUGUCGUCCCAGCCCCCAGAUCCAGUUAACCAACAUCACUUCUCUGAAAAUCAAGCACAGUUUCAACUUCUACAGAAACUGCAUCAGCAACAAAAAUCACUUCUAGCACAACAAUCUGCAUUACAGCAAUCUUCGCAUCUUGGGUCAAUCCAGGAUCAGCAGAAGCAGUUCUUGGAUGUAUCGCAGAACUUUUCCAGGUCACUGGCAACAAGCCAAAUGUUGGAUGCGUCACAAACCACGUCCACCUCCACUUCACUUUCCCACUCGCAGGUUGUGCAGCAGCAGAUGACAAGAACAAAUAGCCAGUCCAAUCUUCGGUUUGUCCAGCCAACUCAGCAACCAAAGCUUCAGCAGCAGCAGCAAUCUGGAAUCUUACCAGACCUAUCUGGACCAGUUGGAUACUCUCUACCCCGAACGACUUGUCAGCUUACCACAAACGGUAGUAGUUUAACAAGAACUGCAGGCGGAGGGCAGCCUGUAAUGGAUGAAGUCCCAUCAUGGUCCACCUCAGUGUCCACUAACAACUGUCAAAAUGUAGUUCAUCAAAAUUUGAAUGGUCGAAUCCAUGAAAGCACAGGUGUGCGGGAUGAAACAACCCACUAUUCUGGACCCCUUUUAAAUUCGAGUGGAUUAGAAGUUAUGUCUGCUAAUAGCAACCUGGUUAAAGAGUUGCAACAAAAAACUGAUGUUAAGCCGUCAAUAAACGUCUCCAAGAACCAGAACCAUGGGUUUUUGGCACCUCAAACUCUUAACACUGCAGGACACCAAUUGGAUUAUUUGGAUAGUUCAUCUUCAGCAACUUCAGCUUGCCUUUCCCAAAAUGAUGUCCAUUUGCAGCAGACUACAGAUCCACCACUAUCUUCCAGUUCUCAGCCAUUGAUAUUCAGAGAUAGUCCAGACGGGGAAGUUCAGGGUGACUCGAGGAAUGAUAUAGCUUUUGGAGCAAAUAUGGAAAAUCAGUUAGGGAUGCCUAUGAUGCCUGAUCCUUUGAUCACAAAAAGCUUAAUGGGAUCAAGGAAGGAUUUCUCCGACAAUCUCUCAUCAGGAGGAGGCAUGCUCUCUAGCUAUGAAAACCCCAAGGAAGUGCAGCCUGAACUCUUGGCCUCAAUGGCUUCCGAAUAUAUGACCUUUAAUUCAAUUGAUUCUACUAUCAAUGAUGGUAAUUUCAUGGAUAGAGGUGCCUGGGACCCACCGUCUCAACUUCCCCGUAUGCGGACUUAUACCAAGGUGUACAAGCGUGGUGCGGUGGGAAGAUCAAUUGAUAUCGGACGGUACUCAGGCUAUGAGGAACUUAAGCUAGAUUUGGCUCGUAGAUUUGGUAUAGAGGGACAACUGGAGGACAGACAAAGAAUAGGAUGGAAGCUUGUAUAUGUGGAUCACGAGAACGAUGUUCUCCUGGUUGGUGAUGACCCUUGGGAGGAAUUUGUGAGUUGUGUCCGCUGCAUCAAGAUUCUUUCUCCACAAGAAGUUCAACAAAUGAGCUUGGAUGGAGAUUUUGGAGGUAAUGUCCUUCAAAACCAAGCUUGUAGCAGUUCAGAUGCGGGAGGCGUGUAAUUAUAGCCUGUUAACAAUUCUUUUGAAGCUGGAAACUUACACAAGAUAUAGCUUCUAGGAAUUUUGUUGGUCAAGCAUGAUGGAAGUUGUGCUGCCAAAGUUUUUCCUUCUUUUAUACAACCAGUACAGUAAGCGAGCCAGCUCUUCUUGGGAUCUUGGUAUAUUUAACUAUCCCUUGAUGUAACAAAGCUGAUGCUAAUCUUUGAUAAGAGAAAAAAAGGUAGUAAGGUGAAGAUAUGUGAGUAGUCUCUCAUCACCAUUGCAUGGUUCCAGUCUAGGUAGGGAGCUCAUUAAGGGUUAUCUGCUCCGGCAUAGAUAUUAAGGCAAUAGAAGCAUGGUGAUUGCCGCGAGACUAGUCCAAAAUUCUCUUGUUUCCUUUGGUAGUUCCACGAGGCUUGAUAUUAUCAGAGUGUAUAGUUGUGUAAAUAUACUCUUUUCUGUUAGAGAAAAUGGUUCAAAUAGAGAUUUUAUUGCUUUUGAUUGUUGUACAACAUUUUACAUGGGUGUGGUUAACCCCCUAUUUAUAGGAGAAAGGUUUUUCAUUAA